GUGCCCCAUCAUUGGUGUCAGUGUGGGAGGAAUAGUGCCCCAUCGUUGGUUUCAGUGGGAGGAAUAGUGCCCCAUCAUUGGUGUCAGUGUGGGAGGAAUAGUGCCCCAUCGUUGGUUUCAGUGGGAGGAAUAGUGCCCCAUCAUUGGUGUCAGUGUGGGAGGAAUAGUGCCCCAUCAUUGGUGUCAGUGGGAGGAAUAGUGUCCCAUCGUUGGUUUCAGUGGGAGGAAUAGUGCCCCAUCAUUGGUGUCAGUGUAGGAGGAAUAGUGCCCCAUCAUUGAUGUCAGUUGGGAGGAGUAGUGCCACAUCACUGAUGUCAGUGGGAGGAAUAGUGCCCCACCAUUGGUGUCAGUGGGAGGAGUAGUGCCACAUCAUU